UCAUAUACAGCUUGAGCUGAUCCAGAUAAUAUUCCUCUCAAUACAUGGCCAUGACGUACUACUCUCUUAGUUACUCACUUCAAUGGCUUCCAUUUCUGAUUCCAACUUUAAUCCUCUCAUGCUGUGUCUCUGCUGCUCAGUUUAACGUGCCCAGACUAGGGCCACUCAGUAGAGGAAUCCUCCGAAACCCUGAACCUGCAGCUGUGUCUGAAUCUUUUUAUAAGGAUCUCAAGACAUUUUUCUACGCCCAAACUCUUGAUCACUUCAACUACAGGCCUGAAAGUUACAAAACUUUUCGGCAAAGAUAUGUGAUGAAUUUUAAGCACUGGGGUGGUGCCAAAGCUGGUGCUCCAAUCUUUGCUUAUUUGGGUGCAGAAGCUCCCUUGGAUGGUGAUCUAGUUAAUAUAGGGUUUCUCAAUGAUAACGCUGCUCGGUUUGAUGCUCUCCUCAUCUACAUAGAGCAUCGAUACUAUGGGAAGUCGAUACCAUUUGGAUCAACCAAAGUAGCCCUGAAAAAUGCUAGCACUCUUGGUUACUUCAACUCCGCCCAAGCUAUAGCAGAUUAUGCAGCUGUGCUCAUGCAUGUAAAGAAAAGGUUACAUGCACAGAAUUCCCCGGUCAUCGUCAUUGGAGGAUCUUAUGGAGGAAUGCUGGCUUCAUGGUUCCGGCUAAAAUAUCCCCACAUCGCCCUUGGUGCUCUAGCUUCAUCAGCUCCCAUCCUUUACUUUGAUGAGAUUGCACCAGAAAUUGGAUACUAUUCUAUUGUCACCAAGGAUUUUAGAGAAGCUAGUGAGAGUUGCUACAGAACCAUAAGAAGAUCCUGGUCUGAAAUCGAUAGAAUCGCUUCCAAGCCCAAUGGUCUCUCAAUCCUUAGCAAGAGAUUCAAAACUUGCGCUCACUUAGAAAGCUCUUUUGAACUGAAGGACUACUUAGACUCCAUAUACGCUGAGGCAGCUCAAUAUAAUGAACCACCAACUUAUCCUGUUACUGUGGUCUGCAAAGGCAUCAAUGGGGCAUCUAAAAGAACUGAUACACUUGGCCGGAUUUUUCACGGCCUUGUCGCCAUAGCAGGAAAAAGAUCAUGCUAUGACACAAAAGAAUUCAAUUAUCCCACUGAGACAUAUUUGGGCUGGAGGUGGCAGAAAUGUAGUGAGAUGGUGUUGCCCAUAGGCCAUGCUACCAAUGAUACCAUGUUCCAACCAGAACCUUUCAAUCUAAAUAGAUUCAUCAAGGAGUGCAACAGCUUGUACAGUGUCUCGCCUCGGCCUCAUUGGGUUACUACUUACUAUGGAGGACGAGAUAUCAAGUUGAUUCUCCACAGUUUUGCUAGCAACAUCAUCUUCUCAAAUGGGCUGAGAGACCCUUACAGCAGCGGCGGGGUGUUGGAGAACAUUUCAGACACUCUUGUGGCUGUCUACACAAGGCAUGGAUCUCAUUGCUUGGAUAUACUUCCGUCACAGAAGAGUGAUCCACAGUGGUUGGUCAUGCAGAGAAAGAUGGAGGUGGAGAUCAUCAAAGGGUGGAUGGAUAAGUACUACACUGAUCUUGCCAACAGACGAUAGAACAGUGUCCAAUUACAAAACCCACUCCAAAAUCAAUAUUAAUAUGUACUAGUAGUGAUCAUAGUGGAGAUCAAAACCACAAUUAUAUAUGCAUAUAUAUGUGGGUAAUAUUCCAUUUGGAAUCAUUGUGAGGAUACUGCACGUUUCUCCGCAAAACCAUUUACGAAACUCCUUGUGUGGAAGGCACCAGUGGGGAAAUGAAAUGCCAAAAAACCUUUACACUGCUAGCGUUUGUGGGGGCAAGAAAGAGGAAAGGGUUUUACCUUUUUCCUAUUGAGGCCACAAAAACUUAGAAUAAUAAGGGCUUUUGGGGCACAAGAGAAGAUGGGUUGCCAAAGUUACCAGGACGUGUUGGAGGGCAUGUCACCCCCCAUUAAGACCCACUCCUCCAUUGCCCAAUAUUCUGAGUGGUGGAGUCCUCAGUCAACUACAAUAACUUCCCUAGUGAUAUUACUUAUAUUGAUGUACAGAGCAUCUAUAUGAUCA